AUGUGUAAGACGUGGAGGCGGACACUGAGCUAUUGGCAGCGCCGGAAUAUCUCGGGCCCCAGACCUGUGCCCUUCUAUGGCAACACUUAUAGCUUAGCUCUAAAGCCGGGACCAGUUGUCGAGUUGGAGUGGUAUAAAAAAUACGGCAAACUGUUUGGUGUAUACAAUAUGUCAAAACCGGCGCUAACAGUGGCGGAGCCAUCGCUCGUGAAGCAGGUGUUGGUCAAAGAGUUUCAUCGGUUCUGCAAUCGGUCUGAAGCCGGCGGCGGACACCCAGUCGUCGAGAAAAACCUAUUCAACGCCAGAGAUGAGCACUGGAAACGGAUCCGAGCCAUAGCCAGCCCUGUGUUUACGUCGGGUAAACUCAAACGUAUGCUCAAACUCAUCAACGGCUGCGCUCGGGAUAUGACUAGCAGUUUGAACGGACAGAUGGGGGCCGACGGCCUGUGCGAACUGGAUAUCAAACAAAUGAUGGGCGCAUUCACUAUGGAUGUGAUCGCCAGCACAGCGUUCGCCACCAAAAUCAACACAUAUGGCGACCCAAACAAUCGGUUUACUGCAUGUGCCCGGAAUAUAUUCAACAGCUCAGCCCUAUCGUCGCUAGUCUUGGCAACGCUGCCAAAGUGGCCAAUUGUCGUAUGGAUCAGACGGUGGUUGGGCUUCGGGAACGCCGCCGACGCCAACUUUAUCAUUGAUUUCUCGCGACAACUGAUCGCUAAACGCAAACGUUUGGCCGAAAAACACGACGAUUUCGUUCAACUCCUCAUUGAUGUCGAGAGAGUGGACACCAAUAAUAACCCAAAUACUAGUCCUGAUAGUAAGGGCACAGAUGUCGGCGCCCAUCACCUGAUGGACAGCUCGUCGGCCGAUGAGCUGACGGCUGAGCGACAGGCGUUGGCCGGAGUGGUGUCGACCGCCAAGAAGUUGACCACCGAUGAGAUACUCGCCCAGUGUUUCCUGUUUAUACUGGGAGGCUAUGAGACCACAUCAAACACACUGGCCUUCUGUGCCUACGAGUUGGCACUCAAUCCCGGCAUUCAGGACCGGCUCCGGGAGGAGAUCAGUGACGCCGCUGUCGACCAUACGGGAGACAUAGACUACGAAACCCUAUCCCGACUGCCACUACUCGACGCCGUCGUAUCGGAAACCCUACGAAAGUAUCCGCCAUUAGUUCGCGUGGAGAGGGAGGCCAUGGAGGACGUGGUGCUCACCGACGACACCCUGGGGUUGAGUGUGAGGGUUGAGAAGGGAGUGUAUGCGGAGAUCCCGGUGUAUGCCAUACAUCACGACCCGGACUAUUUUCCCGACCCGUUUGCCUUCAGACCCGACCGGUUUUUGCCUAAAAAUCGCCAUAACAUCAAACCCUAUACAUACAUGCCUUUCGGCGCCGGACCCCGUAAUUGUCUGGGCAUGAGAUUUGCGUUGUUUCAGACGAAACUGGCCAUGGUCAAACUCAUUAAACAGUUUUACUUUUACCAAGUGUCUAACACUAAUGUUCCUAUUGUGUUUAAUAAACGUCGGGGUUUGGUGCAGGGACAAAGUAUAAUUGUUGGCGUCGGGAGAAAAUAA